GUGGUACAGAUGUUCGCAUCAUUGAGAAGGGGGAAGAAAAUUGUGGGCACCUAAUUGAAGCUCACAAAGAGUGUAUGAGAGCUCUGGGCUUCAAGAUAUGA